AUGUCUUGGAUACUGAAACAAGCAGAAGAUAUUCUUAAUCGUGUCGAUCAACAAACAAAUGCAGCUAUAAACCAACAUACUUUAAAAUCCACAUCACACGACGAAUCUACAUCUGAUACAUCGUCGUUAAAUUCAUCAAAUAGGUCAAGCAUUAGUUUUGACUCAACAAAUCGAUCAACAAAAGCGUCUCGUCUCAAUAAAAAAAAGGACGAUUCUGAUCUGUUCGAUUAUCUUAAUACUUCGACAUCCGUCAAUGAUAAACCUAAUCAUAGUAUACCUUCUAAUAAUUCACUUAGUGAUUCAACACGUACGGCUAGUUCACCCAAUAUGUUUCUCGAUAAUUCAUUAACGACUACUGAACGAUCAUCAUCAAAAUCAGCCUCCGUUACACCGCGAUCAACAACGCCUGCUGUACAAUUGCAUGAUGAUGAUGAAGGUCUUGUUUUAAAUGCUCAGUCUAAACAAGAAACAUCAGAUAAUGACAAUAAAUUCGACAUUGUCUCAAAUCAAUCUUCAAAUCUUAAAGAUGAAAUCGUUGCUUCACUUCAUACUGAAAUCGAAACAUUAAUGCACGAUAAACGUCAGCAUGAAAACGAAUUGCAGAAAUAUAAACGUCAACUUAUUCAAUAUCAAAAUCAAAUAGCUGAAUCAGAUUCAUUAUUACGUGACUUACGUUCACGUGAAAGUGAUUCAGCUGAAGCUUUAUCUGCAAAAGAUUCUCAAAUAGCAUUACUUCGUGUUCGUUUAGCUGAAUCUGAUAAUUUAGUCAAAGUCAAAAAUUCACAAUGUGAACAACUACAAAAUCAAUGUGCACGAAUAUUACAAGAUCACACAGAUUCAGCUGGUGUACAAUCUCAAGCUUUUGAUUCUGUACAAUUAAAUGUAUCACAAUUAGAACAUGAAUUACAACAGCGUAUAAAUGAAAAUGAACGUUUAGUUGACGAGAAGAAUUCGCUUGAGAAACGUUCAAAUGAUGAACGACAACAAUUACUUGAACAAUUAAAAUUAGCGGAAAAACGUUUACAUGAUGAACGCUUACAAAUUCAUGAACACCAACAACAAACAAAACAUUCCAAAAAUUUAAUACAUCAAAUGGAACAAGACAUGAACGAAUAUAAAGCUAAAGCACAAAGAAUUUUACAAACUAAAGACAAAUUAAUCAUCAAACUUAAAGAAAUGGUGCAGCAUAAAAAUAAUUCAUCGAUCAGUGGUGAUCAACAUGAAAUUGAAUUGUUAAGCAUAAACGAUGAUCCUUCACUGCACGAUGUUAGUCUUGUUGGAAAUGCACCUCUACCAUCGUCAACAUCUUCGAAUUGGGGAUCUGUUCAAUACGAAGAGAUCAAAGUUGAAAAUGAAUUAUUUAAACAAGAAUUACAAGCACGUGAAUUAACUAUUCAUAUGUUACGUAGCGAACUUCAAGAAUCUGAACUACUUGUGCAACGUGCUGAAGAACAACUGCAUGAACAAACAAAUCAAUUAAACGAACAAUUGAGAGAUGAACAUUCGCGUUUAACAUUAGCUGAACAAGAUUAUCGUAAAUUAAAACAAGAAUUAACUUAUAUGCACGAGGAAUCCCAUAAACAAAAACAAGCGCACUUAGCGCAACUAAAUGAACGUGAACGAGAAUCAGAACGACUUCGUUUACAAUUAACAGCAAAAACUAUAAGUCAUGUUAAUGAUGAUGAAUUAGAAAAACGUUUACAAGCAUUAACUGAAUCUUUAAUACAUAAACAAACAAUUAUUGAAUCGUUACAAACCGAUAAAAGUUCAUUGACAAUGCAAUUAGAACGUUUAGAAAAACGUUUAGAUGACUAUGAAAAAAUUUCUCCGCUAACAACAAAUAAUUCUCUACAACAAACACCAAAACGCUUUCAAGCAGCAUCAUCAACAGCGACAUCAAUUGAUUUAGAUAGUAAUGGAGUGUAUGAUAAUGAACAUGAAGAUAAUCUUCGCUAUCGUAUACCAUUACUACGUGAAACACCAUACGAUCCUGAUAUAGCAAAAAAAGUUAAACGAGCAGCUAAUGAACUUGAUAAACUUGGUAUUCGUUUAGGUGUUUUUCUAAAGCGUUAUCCGGCUGUUCGUCUUGGAGUGAUAUUUUAUGCUAUACUUCUUCAUUUAUGGACAUUAAUUGUUCUUUUCACAUAUACACCAGAAGUCCAUGGACAUUUAAAUCCACUAGGUGUGUCGAGAAAGCCUUAA